AUGUCGGGCGGCGACGCCGACACCCUUAAAGGGAUUCUGAAAGAUUUGGGAGAAAACACAUCAGUUCAUGGUAUUCCAAAAAUUCUGACAUCCAAGAACAAGAUCUUCAAGAUAUUCUGGCUUCUCGUUUUCAUGGUAACAUUCGGAUAUCUUUGUUUUCAAAUGUAUGCACUAUUCGCCGAUUACUACUCGUACCCAGUAGAAACGACGGUAUCCCUCGAUUUCAGCGCCAUACAGUAUCCAGCUGUAACAUUUUGUAAUAUGAAUCCGUUGAAGAAAUCGAUGCUGAAUGAAACACCCCUACUACUUCAAAAUGCACUUAAUCCUAGAAAGACUGGAUUCUCACAAGGUGACAACACUGCAGAUGCUGAUGACCAAGACGACUACUACAACUAUGACUACUACUAUCAGGAUGAAGAGUACCAGGACGAAAUUAACGAAUACUUCGCUAACCCGAAUCCCUUACUGGAGGAAUAUCUAAGAUUACAAAGUCCGGACGUUCCAAAAGACAAAUGGGUUGAGCGCAUUGACAAAUUCAAGGUGGAAUACAGAAAACUAUCUAACGAUCAACGAGAAAUAUAUGGUCAUCAGCUAAGUGAUAUGAUGGUAUCGUGUUCGUUCAACAAACGUCGGUGCAACUCGAGUUAUUUCCACCACACUGUCAAUGUUGAUUAUGGAAACUGUUACACACUGGAGUCGAACAACUUAGUGGCACGCAAAGCUGGUCACCUGUACGGGCUACAAUUGAUUUUAAAUCUGGAGGUGUCAGAAUAUAUCACGUCUUUAACCUCGGCAUACGGGAUCAAACUGGUUGUUCACCAACCCAUGACUGUGCCCUAUCCAUCUGUAGAAGGAAUAACACUCAGCUCCCGACAAGAAACUACUAUGUCCCUAAAAACGAUCGAGGUCCAUCGUCUCGGUGGUAACUAUGGCAGUUGCAAGAAUUCAUUUGUCCAGGACAACGGCCAAUUAUAUUCACAAACGUCGUGCUUGAAUUUGUGCCUCCAACAGAACGUGAUAAGGAAGUGUAAAUGUUUGCCAUCCGCCAUAGAAGGUUCUACAUACAGACCUGAAUACCGACAAUUGAGCUAUUGUGAAUUUGAAGAUUUCAAAAAAAUGGUUUGUCAGUUCGAAAUGGAAAAGCAACAGUUAGAAGGAAGCUUGAACUGUGAUUGUCCUACCCUUUGCAAUGAAAUUGUCUACACAAAAACACUGUCUUCAAGGACAUGGCCUCAUGACGAGUAUUUGCGCCAAUUUCUCAUGGCGAAAGUGUGCGCGAAGAAUCUGACGUCGGCUUCGAGUGCAUGUGAAAAGUAUAAGGAAAAUCCGAAUAACUUUAGUGCAUCAAGCGUCGUCGAUAAUUUCCUGGCUGUCAACAUCUUUUUCGAGGAUGUGAACUAUGAGGUCAUCACAGAGUCUGCCAAGUAUGACGAGUUCGAGGUUUUGGCUAGUGUCGGUGGAACUCUUGGGCUCUUCGUCGGAGCGUCUGUUCUGAGUUUUGUGGAGAUCAUUCAAGUCAUGUUGGAAGUAGGACAAUAUCUAUUCAAACGUAACAGAAAAGGAAAAACGGUUCCGGAACAGCAUAUCGAUGACAACAAUAAGACAUCCGAAGUGGUUUAA